CUAGUGUUGGAAUAAUUGCUUUCUGAGCUCAGAACAGAUAUUAUUUCAAAAUCAAUUUACGCUAUACUGCUUAUGUUACGCUUUCUGAACGGUUACAAUAGCCAAUCCAGAAGUCUAACAGUUCAUUUGCCUCUUGAGUCAUGGCUUGUGGUGGAUACAUGCCAUCUCCUGUGUGUUUGAUUGAAAAUGAUAUAAAUGGGCAGCUGUGUGUGAGGAAAAAGGCCAAAGACAUUCUGGAUCAAGGAGCCGGUGGUGGUGGUGUCUGUUGUGGGACUCUACCGUACUGUCAUUGACCCUAAUAAUGGUCAUCUCAGGCUUUUCUCUUAGGAGCACUACUGAGUCGAAGACCAAAGGAAUCUGGAUGUGGUGUGUCCCUCACCCAUAUAAAGAAGGACACAUUCUGGUGCUGCUGGACUCAGAGGGACUUGGUGACGUGAAGAAGAUGAGUCAGACAGCAUUCAUAUUGAUUAAUGUUUCCAUAUGUCAACAAAACUGACCAUUUUCUGCAGCAGUAACUUUAUUAUUACAAUGCUUGCAAGGCAUUGUAUUUUAUUCUAAAACAGGGGGUUUUCUUAACCCCUUAUGGCUAUGCAUUAAAAUUAAUUUAGCCCAAACUGCUUAACAUACAAACUCAAGUCUACUUUCAGCCAUAGGUGUGAUAUCUAUUUUUGCGUUUUGUUUCAAAAUAUAACUGAUGGUUAUGGCGGUUAUGAUGUCAUCGUAAAAUCUAAAAACUGAAUUAUAAUUAGUCUUCUUAAAUCUUUUUGUAUAUUGAAUUAUAAUUGGUCUUAUAUCCUUUGCAUACAUUUUUCAAGCUUUUACACAGCUUUAAAUCUUGUGUCAACUUGUACUCACAUGCAGCAUGUUAUUUUGACAGAACCAAAGCCUAAAACCUAAACUUACCAAAAACUUUAACACUAUUCUUUCUUGCCUUGCAAGCACAGGUAGUUCCUUCAGGAAAUGCAAAUCUAGUUUAAUUUUAUCAUCACCUUGUUUUUGCUUACACUUUGCAUAAUCACAGGACUUAUGACUUUUUGUAGUCAAUGUAACGCAAAGAAUAGAUGAAUGGAAUUAUUUAGAGAUUACAGAUCAGCUCUAAAUCAAACUGGUCAAUUGAUUGUUUGGUCAUGUUGACUUCUGGUGCUCACAUGUGUUCUGUAAUAAAAUCAAAUUUGGCUGAGCUAAUGGUUAAUGUUUCAGGGGGAUGAAAAACAUGACACAUGGAUGUUCUGUCUGGCUGUUCUGCUCAGCAGUGCUCUGGUGUACAACAGCUUAGAGGUCAUUGACAACACGGCACUGGAAAAGCUGCAGUAUCCUUCUAACACACACAUACUGUAUAUGAUACAGUAUAUACAGUUGUGCUCAAAAGUUUGCAUACCCUGGCAGAAAUUGUGAAAUUUUGGCAUUGAUUUUGAAAAUAUGACUGAUCAUGCAAAAAAACUUUUAACUUUUAUAACUAGUCUUUUAUUUAAGGAUAGUGAUCAUAUGAAGCCAUUUAUUAUCACAUAGUUGUUUGGCUCCUUUUUAAAUCAUAAUGGUAACAGAAAUCUCCCAAAUGGCCCUGAUCAAAAGUUUACAUACCCUUGAAUGUUUGGCCUUGUUACAGACACAUAAGGUGACACACACAGGUUUAAAUGGCAAUUAAAGGUUCAUUUCCCACACCUGUGACUUUUUAAAUUGCAAUUAGUGUCUGUGUAUAAAUAGUCAAUGUGUUUGUUAGCUCUCACGUGGAUGCACUGAGCAGGCUAGAUACUGAGCCAUGGAGAGCAGAAAAGAACUGUCAAAAGACCUGCGGAUCAAAGUAAUGGAACUUUAUAAAGAUGGAAAAUGAUAUAAAAAGAUAUCCAAAGCCUUGAAAAUGCCAGUCAGUACUGUUUAAUCACUUAUUAAGAAGUGGAAAAUUCAGGGAUCUCUUGAUACCAAGCCAAGGUCAGGUAGACCAAGAAAGAUUUCAGCCACAACUGCCAGAAGAAUUGUUCGGGAUACAAAGAAAAACCCACAGGUAACCUCAGGAGAUAUACAGGCUGCUCUGGAAAAAGACGGUGUGGUUGUUUCAAGGAGUUUAUUUAGUUCUUUUAGUGGAUGUUUGGAGAAUGAUGACCGAUUACCCAGCUUGUUUGGUGCUAUUUCAAAUCUCAAAAUAAUCACAAAGAAACAGUUAAAAGGUUAAAAUGUUCAAUUAUUUUAUUAACACUUUGGUAAGGUUCGGAAAACAUAAAAAAAAAUAGAGCGUUUCUUUGCUAUAUACACAACAGUUCAUAAAAAUUCUUCAUUAGUUAAAUAUACAAUUUAGCAUUUAACUCUAGUGGGAAACAGAGAAAAAGAAGCGAUAAAAACGCUUGGAUUUCAUGCAUUUAUCCUGGUAUAUGUAAAAUCAGUGUAACUACAGUUUAUUCUCACUGCUCUGAACUCAAUCAACACAACACAGCUUUGCAUUGUGGAUAUUGUAGUUUUUACGGGUCUGUUCAAGUCACUUUUAAGCCGUCGUAUGACGUAUGCCUCUUUGGUAUGAAUAAAUAAAGCAUUUAAUACAAACGUAACAAUGUUUGUAGAAUUUGUAGUUUUUAUUUAGAAAUAAUCUUUUGGAAGACCUCAGGACCUGAGCUGUUUACGAACUACAAGUCCCAGCAAGCCACGCGCUGUUCACAGGGUCAUACAGUGACACCGCUUCCGUGUUGUGUUUGUUACUGGGAAAACAGAAACUGCGUGAGGUGACAAAAUUUUCCCUCGCUCGUCUGUAAGUAGAUAGCAAUGCUUUUGUAAACCACCACAACUAAAGAUAUAAUAGAUUGGAUUAUGUCGUUAAUUCCGGGCUCGAAGCAGAAGGACAGGCGCAUUUUGUGCGGGAUGUGCCCGGACCCGCAGUGCCAGGCAAAGCUCUUCUUCCCCGCACACACCUCCAUCAGCAUUGAGUGCACCGAGUGCGGACAGAGACAUGAGCAGAAAAACCUCGCAAAUGUGGAAGAAGUGACCGACCCAGAUGUAGUGCUCCAUAAUCUGCUAAGAAAUGCUUUGCUGGGUGUGUCGGGCCCUCCAAAAAAGGGCUCAGAGCUGGUUAAAGUGAUGGGACUGUCCAAUUAUCACUGCAAGCUGCUUUCACCCAUCCUCACACGCUACGGAAUGGACAAACAGACGGGCACUGCCAAACUUCUGAAGGAAAUGAAUCAGGGAGACAUUUUCGACUGCUCACUGCUUGGUGACAGGGCAUUUCUCAUUGAGCAAGAGCACGUACCUACUGUAGGCUAUGGCAGGGACCGGUCAGGGAGCUUGAUCUAUUUGCAUGACACUUUGGAGGAGAUAAAGAAAGCAAACUCAAAUAGAGAGUGUCUCAUUCCCGUACAUGUGGAUGGAGAUGGACACUGCCUGGUCCACGCCGUGUCCAGGGCCUUAGUCGGGCGAGAGCUCUUCUGGCAUGCCCUUAGAGAAAACCUAAAACUUAACUUUAAGCAGAACAUUGACCGUUACAAAGCUCUAUUCCAGGACUUUAUAGAUGCAGCAGAAUGGGAAGAUAUAAUUAAUGAGUGUGACCCGUUGUUUGUCCCUCCAGAGGGCGUUCCACUGGGCUUACGGAACAUUCACAUAUUCGGUCUGGCUAAUGUGCUCCAUAGACCCAUAAUCUUGCUGGACUCCCUGAGUGGCAUGCGCAGCUCGGGCGAUUACUCUGCCACCUUCCUGCCGGGUCUGGUCCCCGAAGAGCAGUGUCGGGGAAAGGAUGGCACUCUGAACAAGCCCAUUUGCAUUGCAUGGAGCAGCUCAGGCCGAAAUCACUAUUUGCCCUUAGUGGGCAUUAAGGGCGUGGCUUUGCCCCGUUUACCUGCUGCGCUGCUGCCAAAAGCGUGGGGUGUUCCUCAGGAGCUGAUACGCAGGUAUGUGAGUCUGGACUUCAGUGGCAACUGUGUGAUCGGUGGCGACCGCAGCCUGCAGGAUAAAUACCUGCUACGACUUGUGGCCGCCAUGGAAGACAUCUUCAUGGACAAACAUGGCAUCCACCCAGCACUAGUCGCGGAUGUUCACCAGUACAUAUAUCGACGUACUGGAGUGAUCGGGGUGCAGCCUGAGGAGGUGACUGAAGCGGCAAAGAAAUCUGUUCAGGAGAACCGUAUGCACCGUUGCCUAGUCUGCAAUGCCCUCUCGGAGCUUCAUGUGCCAGCUGAGUGGCUCAUACCUGGAGGGAAGCUCUACAACCUGGCCAAGUCCACUCAUGGGAAGCUGCGAGGAGAUAAAAACUACAGCUUUCCUCUGAAUAGUGUGGUAUGUUCUUACAACCCAGAAAAAGAUGUGCUAGUACCCGACUACAGACUCAGCUCUCUCACGGCCUGCACCUGGUGUCAUGGAACCUCAGUUCGGCGUGUCCGUGCAGACGGUUCUGUUGUGUAUUUGGAUGGAGAUCGCACCAACACACGCUCACAGGGUGGGAAAUGCGGUUGCGGGUAUAAGCACUUUUGGGAGGGGAAAGAGUAUGACAAUCUACCUGAAGCCUUCCCUAUUACUCUAGAGUGGGGCGGCCGUGUGGUCCGUGAGACUGUUUAUUGGUUCCAGUAUGAGUUGGAUCCAUCGCUUAACAGUAACGUUUAUGAUGUGACCAUGAAGCUUGUCACGAAGCACUUCCCGGGUGAAUUCGGCAGUGAGAUCCUAGUGCAGAAAGUGGUAAACACUAUUUUGCAUCACACAGCUAAGAGAAGCCAAGAUGAAUACAACCCAGUUGCCAUAGACGGUGCUCACGUGCAGGACGGGGGAGAUCCGUGUGCUCGCCCUCCUACUAAAAUCAUCUUGACAGGACAGAAGGGCAAAACACUGCAUAAGGAGGAGCUGGUGAUGAGCAGAACUGAGAGGGUCUUGCAGCAUAGCAUUAGCGAGCAGGCAGCCCUCUCCCAGCGGCGUAGUACUGACCGUGUGCGCCAGCAGGACAAGGCCUCAGAUCCUCGCCCAUCAUCUCCAUCGUCUUCAUCAUCCUCAGCUCCUCCCACGCCCACUAAAGUACCGCCCACUAGUGGAGAGAAGAAGAUACGUGUAACGACUAGCGAUGGGCGGCAGUCAAUGCUUACGUUACAGCCACACACCACCUACAGUGAACUGCAAAACUCCAUUGUCCAGGUCUUCGGCCUGCCACCGGGCCAGCUGUGCAUCCGACAUGGCUUCCCGCCCCGAGAGCUGCCUCCACCAUGCCCAGAAGACAAGAAUCAGCCUGUCGCUCUCCAGCACGGUGACCGCAUCUCUGUGGAAGUGCUGAAAGAGAGCUCGUCUGAUACUCGGAUGACCCAAGCGCACACACACGCACCUCAAACACACGCUCAGUCUGACCCACGUCUCAAUCAUGCCAGCAGCAGGGAACUCCAGGACAACAUUGACCUUGAGAUGUCAUCACUCUGUCUCCUAGCAGCGCUCAUGGGUGAAGAUGUCUGGUCAUAUGCCAAGAAACUGCCUCAUCUGUUCCAGCAAGGAGGAGUCUUCUACAACAUUGUCAAGAAAGACAUGGAUCUGCUGGAUGGAAAGCACUGCACUCUGCCCCACUUGACGGGUAAGACAUUUGUGUUCAACGCAGCAGAGGAGCGUUUGGAGCUGUGUGUGGAUACCGCUGGACAUUUUCCAGUGGGUCCUGAUGUGGAGGACCUGGUCCAGGAUGCUGUGUCUCAGCUCCGCACAGAUGCAGCAUCUCGUAGCCGUGAGGGAAGCCCCACCCACAGCCUGCGAUUAGGUGCUGGUGGCGCAGUGCGCAGGAAAGAGCAGAUAGUCACUGCUUUCCAAGGCAAAGGCCACUCAUUGGGUUCAGCCCCUCCUGAACACCCACCAAUAAGGCGGCAGCACAGCAGCGGAGUGGAUCUCAGCGGCAGCGUUCAGGAGGAGGAGCUAACGUUGUCAGGGGAGGAUUUGGUGCGUUUGGCCCCUGGCAUGCUCACUCUGCGUGAGGGCCGUGGUAUGGGGCUGGAGCCUGCUGUGAUCGAGGCCCAGCGGCAACGCCUGCAGGAGAUGGUCUCAAACAUACAGGCAUCUAUGGACAAACACCUGCGCCAGCAUGCCACAGCAAGGCAUGAUGAAAAGGAAGAAAAGACUCCUGACAAACAGGAGGAGAUGGAGAGUCGUGGGGCGGAGCAUCCCAGCACUUUUGAGCCCAUGGACCAAUCCUGAUGCUUCAUUAUCCUUGGAGCAGAGCGAGCUUUCUUUAUGGCAAAACACACUCACAUACACACACUGUGAUCUAACUGACCAAUAAUGGUGCAGCAGAUUUACUGAGUGAUUAUUUACUGAUUCAAGUGUUGGCUCUCGUCCACCCAAAAUACUUCCAUCAAAGUGCACAAUAAUUCAAGGUCACCCCUGAGCUUUGCUAGUAUGCAUAUGCAUAGUACUUAAAUAAUAAAAGUGCACUUUACCCUUCAGGUUGAGUAUAUGGCUCUGUUAUCAAACCAUAAUUACAACCCAAUGGUAACUAAUUCUUAACAAUGAGUCUAAAAUUCAGCCCUGUUUGCAUCAGGUGUAGUUGAGUUGGUGGGUGUUUCUGUGUGUGUACCAAGUAUGGAACACAUCUGAAGGGACAGUUUAUCCUUUAUUGUCACAGUUUUGGCCCAUAUUUUGUCAUGAGGAACAAACGAGGUGUCUGGUGUCAGCUCAGUGAUUGGGUUGUCUUGCUCAUGUCUAACCUGUAUUACCCAUAAUGCACUGCUGUCAGACUCAGUCCAAAGAACACUAAAUAAUAAAGCCUAGAAAAAAAUUCCAGUAUUUAAAGUUUACUUAAAGAGCCCACUACACACACACACACACACACACACACAGACAGACAGAGAGAGAGAGAGCUCAGAAACAUCUUAUGGCUGAUCAGCACAGAGUAGCCCUUUAGAUAGUCCAUACAUAAGAGAACUGUUUUUGUUCUAUAAUUUUCCAACUGGCCUUUGAGCUCUUAUGUCAGUGUUGCCUUUUGUGAAGCCCACGGCCUUCUGGGGUUAGCGGUCAGGGUCGCACUUCCACAGGCUCAUUAUUUGACACAGUUUGGUUUUGUUGUGCCCUUUGGCCUGUCCUUUUCAAACACCGUUCGGUGCAGGAUCAUUUUACUUUAUACAGGAAUAUAAUCUUUGGACAAAGAUUUUAGCAAAACGUAAAAUAAAAGUAGCAGAGUGGGGGAUAUUUUCAGGAUAUUUUUAUUACUGCACUCAAUAAUAUUGUUACUUGUGGUAGUCUAUAGUAAUGCACAAAUAACAAGCUUAUGUAGAGAACAGUUAGAGAAGUGUUUUGAUAAACAUUUUUAUCUGUUCUAGACCGAUUUUGGUCAUCUUUGCAACUAACCAAACAAACCAAAAACAAGUUCACAAGUAACCCUGAUCACUAGAGCUGUGAUCUUUAUGCUUCAGUCAGUGGGUAGAGAAUAUACCUGAGAAGUUGUAGAGACUCUCUUUAAUACUCAUUGAAAAUCCAAAAACAGGUGUAUGAACCUGUGAUUAACAGCCUUAUCUAGUCCCCUGCCCUUAUCUGCAGUGUUUUCGCGUGACACAAUUUCAUAAUGGUGCCGUAUAUUAAGACGAUCAGUUUCCAAAGAGUAAUGGAAUGUAGCUUGACCUUGGUUUCAUCCGAGGUCAAAGGUCAAGUGCAUGUUUUCUCUUGAAUGAAGAUGUUGGGAGGUCUGAUAAGCUUUUUGGUUUUUAAAUGGUUGGUUUUUGAUUUUAAGUCAACAACAAUAUCUUUACCAGAGCACUUUUCUGUGUGGGAGUGUUUAGCUCUUGAACAUAAUUGAUAUUGUCGGUAUAAAGGGCAGCACAAACAAGGUUUACUGCUUCAUGUAACGGACUCAAGCACAGAUUGUUUCUCUGUGACUGCUGCCCUUAUGAUAUAUUGUAUUCCAGUGUACAAUAGUGGUAUAUAUUGUAUUAUACUUUCAGCUGUACAGAUAUUGAAUCUGGUUUUAGUUUUAGUUUUUUUUUUUUUUUGGAUUGUAUCUCCUCUGUUUUUCAAUAAAACAGUUGGAUACACAGCUGAAGAAUCUGCUGUUUGCAUGAGUAAAUACUUUUCAGCCUAACAACAAUAAAGUUAUUCCAUCUGUAUG